AUGACUUUAUACAACGGCACUACAGAUCCCGACCAUCAUCUCAGUAAUUUCAGAAGCAGAAUGUACCUUACCGAUGCCUCUGAUGCCGUUCGUUGUAAAUCUUUUCCGAUAACUUUAAAGAAAACGGUAAUUAAGUGGUUCGACAAUCUACCUCCUAGAUCCAUCUCGAGUUUCGACGACUUGGCCAAGAAAUUUUUUGCCAGAUUCUCCAUCCAAAAAGACAAAGCUAAGCACGCUCCUAGUCUAUUAGGAAUCAGGCAAGGAGAACGGGAAACUCUCUGUAACUACAUGGAAAUGUUCAACAAAACUUGCCUUGACAUACAGAACCUACCAACAGAGGCCGCCAUUAUGGGCCUCAUCAAUGGCUUGCGAGAGGGGCCUUUUAGUCAAUCUAUAUCGAAAAAACAUCCCACAUCUCUGAAUGAAGUGCAAGAACGAGCGGAGAAGUACAUCAACAUGGAGGAAAACUCUCGACUAGGAGAGACCUCGAAAUCUGGAUUCACCACCCAGGAUAAGAACAGGGAAGCCAAAAAGAAGGAAGAUCGACAUGGAGAAAAAAUCAAAAAAUACUACAAUUACACCCCCUUUGGGUGUCUCUCAUAG